UGCUCUGAGUAGUCGUUGAGACUAGAAGAUAUAUAAGCUAUAUAAGAACAAAGCGCUAUAUAAGAACAUAUGCGUCACGACCAACUCAGACAAGUGGUGUAGCAGUUGGAAGUGUGCCAUAGCUAACACAGGCUCAGAUUGGGGAUGUGAACCAUAUGAUACAAUGCACCUUACGAUAACGGGACCUGAAAUCCAGACUGAGUGUAGGUAGAAAGCAGGAAGGACGAUGCCAGGAACAGAAAUGUAAUCCUAUAUAUGUGACGUUGAAGGAUCCAAAACCAGAGGAUGCAGGGACUUAUGUUAUGGGAUUGUAUGCUGAAGGGAAAGAUCCAUUAGGACAGUUCAUCAUUCGAGUCACAGACCCAUGGAGUAAUAGUACACCGUCCACAUCCAUUACUUCCCCGGUUGACGCAAUGAACACAGGUAUGGGUGUCCUGAAAGACUCUAAAGGGCCAUUAGUAAAAUAUUUGAACCUAGAUGACGUUACCAUUGAGGAAAGGUUGGAGAUGGAAACUUGUUUCACACCCUCAGGACCCUGUCUCUCCUGUAUCCCAGAGUGCGUGCAAUACAACCGCCUCCAGGAGUGGUCGCCUAUCCUGGUAACUAUACUUGCAUCACACAACCCAACAGCUCUACCAUGAAUGUGGGACACCUACCUAAGAAGUUUUGUAUGUACACCUACAACACAUCUUUGUUCGUUCCCAAUGUCACACAGUCGAUGUUUAACAAUCAGAGUAAGGGACUUGCUGAUGUCUGGUGGAUGUGUGGGACACAGCCCCGCCUUAGACCAUCCUUACCUGCUAAAUGGGGGGGAACCUGCGCCUUAGUGUCCCUAUUAUUGCCGAUUACCAUGCUUCCUAUUAGCGCAGGGAAGCUAGAGGAGACAGUACAGUCUACCUACCACAAACAUUCCUUGAAGAGGGCUAAAAGAGACACUGACUUGGGUUUUGGUACAUGGGGAGAUCCAAGCACCCCGUUCGGGUCUAUAGAUAGUAGGGUGUAUAUAGAUGCAAUUGGAAUACCAAGGGGUGUACCAGAGGAGUUCAAAGCUCAGAAUCAGAUAGCAAAGGGUUUUGAGUCUAUACUGCCCUGGAUAAAUACAAACAAGAAUGUGGACUGGAUAAAUUAUAUAUACUACAACCAGCAGAGGUUUUUGAAUCGGACUAGGGAUGGCCUGAGGGGUGUGUCCGAACAAUUAGCCGCCUCCUCACUCAUGGCAUUUCAGAACCGUAUGGUGCUAGACAUGUUGUUGGCAGAAAGAGGGGGUGUGUGCCACAUGUUUGGAGAUGCUUGUUGUACAUUUAUUCCCAAUAAUACUGCCCCGGAUGGUAGCAUCACUAGAGCCUUGGAGGGGUUGACCUAUCUAGCCAAUGAACUAGCAGAGAACUCGGGUGUGGCUGAAAACCCCAUCACCAGUUGGCUGGAGGACGUUUUUGGCAAAUACAAAGCAAUUGUGCUCUCCAUCCUUAUGUCCGUGGCAGUGUUUGUGGGCAUAUUGGUGUGUUGUGGAUGCUGUUGCAUCCCUUGUUGUCGCACUCUGGUGAACAGAUGGAUUGAUGUGGCUCUGACCAAAAAAGAUCCCCAGAAAGAUGCUCCUCCAGCCUACUCCAUGCCCCUGUUGGGGAUGGAGGAUGGUGAUGAGACUGAUUCGGACAAUGAAGGAAGUGAAUCACCAAUGUAAUGCUAUGCUAUAUUAAUCUUGCUUCUUCUUUCCCUAGUGCGGCCAAUUAUUUACCAGUUUGAGGGCCAUAUAAUCCUAAACUUAGUAGUAUUCACACCUGAGGUGUGAAAAGGGGGAUCUGUAAGAAA